AUCUAUAUGAAGAAAUAUGUACCUAAAUAAUUAAAUUUAAUUAAUAAGUAAAUAUUGAAAAUAAACAGUUGCCAUGUGUAUAUUAAAGAUAUCGUUCAGUCUAAUUUGUGGAAUAUUUAACUUGAGGCAAUUAUUUAUUUUUAAUUGACUGAUUCUACCGAUCUAAUUAAUGUGUGAAAACCUUUACGUAAUUUACAAUUCAUUUUUUAUAAUUCCGUUUGCUUCACCGUAAUGCACUGAACCAAUUUUUAUGCACUCAAGUCUGUGCAAAUAAUAUCCGAAAAGAGGGAAGGAAUAAGAAAGUACUAUCACUAAGCUAGGGGAGAACGGGAUCAUAUAUAAAGCAAUCGAGCUUCUUCCGAAACCAUACAGUUGCAUCUUUCGUCUGUUCGGGUAAACAUGAGAUUUCUGGUUUGUUCACUCCUGCUGGUUUCAACGGCAUUAGCCGGUGAAACAUCAAAAAAAGACAAAAGAGGUUUGGAGCUCAGUCUGGGCGGCGGUGACUUUGGCGGCCACGGCGGAGGUUUGGAACUUGGCGGUGGCUACGGAGGUGAUCUUGGCGGACAUGGUGGUUUGGGGGGUGGUUAUGGAGGCGAUUUGGGAGGAGGACACGGCGAAGGCCACAUCACCCACAUUACUCUCCACAAGACCAUCAAAGUACCGAAACCAUAUCCAGUGCCAGUGCCAGUCGAGAAGAAAGUACCUUAUCCAGUCAAAGUACCAGUUGCUGUUAAAGUCGACAAGCCUUAUCCAGUCCAUGUUCCCAAACCAUACCCAGUCCACAUAGACAAACCAUACACAGUCAAGAUUGAGAAGACCGUUCCAGUCCCAUACAAAGUACCAGUAAAAGUUCCAUACCCAGUCAAAGUACCAGUACAUGUACCGAAGCCAUACCCAGUCCCAGUUCACAAACCAGUGCCAGUGCACGUCCCAGAAUACAACAUCGUUAAGAAACCAGUACCAGUAAUCAUCCACGGUCAUGGAGGUGAUGGCGGUUUCGGAGGUGGAGACUUGGGAGGCCAUGGCGGAGGAGAUCUAGGAGGACAUGGAGGAUUCAGUUCCCACGGUCUUGAGCUUUCUUCUGGCGGUGGAUACGGCAAAUACUAAAUGUGAUAAUGGCCUUGCCAGUUUUUAUUUUUAAUUACUGCAAGUGUCUUUGUAAAUAGUACUGAUCACAUUCAUCCAUUUCAUUGUCACCACUUGAACACUCCUACAAUUGCGACAUAGACUAGCUUUGCCAAAAAGAGUUUUUUAUGUUGUAAUGUUAAUAAGAACCAGAAAUUUUAUGUUUUGCAAUUGUAUAUGUGCAGGAUGAUUGUCAAGGUAGCGGACUAAGUUGUGUAUCGUUUUCUGUGAUACCCUCCACGUAAGCGACUUAGUCACGAGUUCCUCGUCUAUUCAUUUUGUACACAACCUAUUUUCAUCUUCAUCGCAUCAACGUUUUUUUAUAAUCUUUUAUUGCAAUAAAAUGUUUUUCUAUUUUUUA